AUGGCUCCUGGUCUAGUGCAACCGGCAGAUCUAGAGGACCGAGAAGUGGUCUCGCCUCUCCAGUUACAAGCUGCUGCUAAUCCAAUUGGUGGGCGAUACGACCCAUCACUGACUUUUGCUGAAAACGUUGAUCUUACUGAACCCAUCUUGUCACGUUUUGACAUUCUCUGUGUGGUAAAAGAUACAGUGGAUCCUGUACAGGAUGAAAUGCUGGCCAGGUUUGUUGUCAACAGCCAUGUUAAGCACCACCCUAAUGCUGUGAACAACAAGGAUGAUGAUGAUGAGGAUGAUUCCCUGCAGAAUGCUUUGCAACCCAGUGUGGAAACCAUUCCUCAAGAAAUUGAUUUAGAUCGAGGGCUUCCUGGGUAG